GUGAACUCAGUGUGUCAUGUCACAAGUAUGGUCUCAGACUUGCUUAUGCAACUGUGUCGGUGUGAUCCAGCUAAAUAACAGUAGUACUAGAGUUUUUUUGUUUCCACAUCCCUGCUUUGAUGUACACUUGAGUCGCAUAAAAACUUACUUGUCCAGUUUUGCAACCAUGUAAACUGAGGCACAAAGCUAGUAAUGGCAGGGGGAGCCUAUGACUAGGCAGGGCCACCUGGGUCAAACAGCCCAGUUGUGCUCUUCCAUGCCUCUGCAGAGGGGUCCCAGCUCCUACCUCAUGCGUUCCGCACUUGUACACCUCAUGCCACAAAACACUUCUCCCCUCUAUGCUGAUGGCUUGGGGAUAAAACAGCAGCAGUCAGAACUGUACUAGGUGCCCAGAGGGGUCUGGGGUGCAUCCCAGUCCUGAGCUGUGGAGGAUGAGGUGGGGUUUGGGAAGUCAUGCCAUCUAAUGUUAGUCAUUGAAGUCCUGGACUUUGUCAUACCUGGGGGAGAUGCUGCUCUGUCACCCAUGCGGGAAGCUCAGGUGCAGCUCAGAGAACCCUCAGGCAGGGGACUAAGUUGUGGAGUAAAUGUGUGAGUAACCCUCCUAGUCACACAGUGACAGCUGAGAGCAGAGGCAAAUGCAGAGGACUUCUUGCUCCCAGUGCCAUACUCGCACUGCUAACCAUGCUAAACAGGCUAAUCAUGCAAGCGUGUUAGGCUGGGGAUAUAAAAACAGAAUCGGUGAGUGUAGGUUAGUUGUUUAAACACUCAAGAGAAACAGGAAUAUAUAGUCAUAUCUUUUUCCUAGUUCAAUCUUUGUAUUGAUUUAUCAUGAUAAGAGGUGCCACUUUAGUUCUAAUAAUGUCUACUUUUAUUUUCUUUCCUUUUUUUUUUUUUUUUGCUAUUACAUAUUUCUAUGGCAGCUUUUCCAUGUGAUAUAUUUUGGGUCACACUUUAAUUUACACCAGUCUCUGUUCUGCAAAAAAGAGUUCAUGAACUAAACAAAAAGGAACGGGGAGGGGGAUGUCUGGCAGAGCCCAGGCUUUUGUUUCAUGUUUUGGAUGUAUUUUCUUUUUAAAAUAAAAUUGUUGAUAUGCAUUUGCUUUUAUUUUUCUAGCCUUCCUCUUGCUGAUGACCGGGUUCCUGUUUGAUCCUGUUUACAAGCUUACGAAGAUUGAAAAUAACCCCAACUCCUCUGCAUUGGUGUUGAAAGCAGAAGAAAAUAAAAAGAAGAGGAGUUGAGAAUUUGAGCUGGGAGACUUGGCAGGAUGUCUUCCAAGCGACCAGCCUCUCCGUAUGGGGAAGCAGAUGGAGAGGUAGCCAUGGUGACAAGCAGACAGAAAGUGGGAGAAGAGGAGAGUGACGGGCUCCCAGCCUUUCACCUUCCCUUGCAUGUGAGUUUUCCCAACAAGCCUCACUCUGAGGAAUUUCAGCCAGUUUCUCUGCUGACGCAAGAGAACUGUGGCCAUAGGACUCCCACUUCUCAGCACAACACAAUGGAAGUUGAUGGCAAUAAAGUGAUGUCUUCAUUUGCCCCGCACAACUCAUCUACCUCACCCUUGAAGGCAGAAGAAGGUGGGCGUCAGAGUGGAGAAUCAUUGUCCAGCACAGCCCUGGGAACCCCUGAAAGGCGCAAAGGGAGCCUAGCGGAUGUUGUAGACACCCUUAAGCAAAGAAAAAUGGAAGAGCUCAUCAAAAAUGAGCCAGAAGAAACUCCCAGUAUUGAAAAGCUACUAUCAAAGGACUGGAAAGACAAGCUUCUUGCCAUGGGAUCAGGGAACUUUGGAGAAAUAAAAGGGACUCCAGAAAGCCUCGCUGAGAAAGAAAGGCAGCUCAUGGGUAUGAUCAAUCAGCUGACCAGUUUGCGAGAACAGCUGCUAGCAGCUCAUGAUGAACAGAAGAAACUGGCUGCAUCACAGAUCGAGAAACAACGCCAACAAAUGGAGCUGGCUAAGCAGCAACAAGAACAGAUUGCAAGACAACAGCAGCAGCUCCUGCAGCAGCAACACAAAAUUAACCUUCUUCAGCAACAGAUCCAGCAGGUCCAGGGUCAGCUGCCUCCAUUAAUGAUUCCCGUAUUCCCUCCAGACCAACGAACCCUAGCAGCAGCUGCACAGCAAGGAUUCCUUCUUCCUCCUGGUUUCAGCUACAAAGCGGGAUGCAGUGACCCUUACCCUGUUCAGCUGAUCCCAACUACCAUGGCAGCUGCUGCCGCAGCAACACCAGGCUUAGGCCCACUCCAACUGCAGCAGUUGUAUGCUGCCCAACUUGCUGCGAUGCAAGUGUCUCCGGGAGGCAAGAUACCUGGCAUACCCCAGGGUAACCUUGGUGCUGCUGUAUCCCCUACCAGCAUCCACACAGACAAGAGCACAAACAGCCCUCCACCCAAAAGCAAGGAUGAAGUGGCCCAGCCUCUGAACCUUUCAGCCAAACCCAAGACAUCUGAUGGCAAGUCUCCCACAUCACCCACCUCUCCUCAUAUGCCAACUCUGAGAAUAAAUAGUGGGGCCAGUUCACUAAAGUCCUCUGUGCCAGCAACAUUAGCUAGUCCUUCGGCCAGAGCUAACACAAUAGAUAUCCUUUCUUCUAUCACGUCGUCAGGUUAUUUAAAUGACCACGAUGCUGUUACUAAGGCAAUCCAGGAGGCCCGACAGAUGAAGGAGCAACUUCGGAGGGAGCAGCAGGUGCUGGAUGGGAAGGUGGCCGUUGUGAAUAGCCUGGGUCUCAAUAACUGCAGGACAGAAAAGGACAAAACAACACUGGAGACCCUGACUCAGCAACUGGCAGUAAAACAGAGUGAAGACGGGAAGUUUAGCCACGCAAUGAUGGAUUUCAACAUGAGCGGAGAUUCUGACGGAAGUGCAGGAGUUUCAGAGUCUAGAAUUUAUCGGGAAUCCAGAGGGCGUGGUAGCAAUGAGCCCCAUAUCAAGCGCCCAAUGAAUGCAUUCAUGGUGUGGGCUAAAGAUGAACGGAGGAAGAUCCUUCAAGCCUUCCCUGACAUGCACAACUCCAACAUCAGCAAGAUACUAGGAUCUCGCUGGAAAGCUAUGACAAACCUAGAGAAGCAGCCAUACUAUGAGGAGCAGGCCCGACUUAGCAAACAGCACCUGGAGAAAUACCCAGACUACAAAUACAAGCCGAGGCCGAAGCGUACUUGCCUUGUAGAUGGCAAAAAAUUACGCAUUGGCGAGUACAAGGCUAUCAUGCGCAACAGACGCCAAGAGAUGAGGCAGUAUUUUAACGUUGGGCAACAAGCACAGAUUCCCAUUGCCACCGCGGGCGUAGUUUACCCAGGAGCCAUUGCCAUGGCAGGAAUGCCUUCCCCACAUCUGCCCUCCGAGCACUCGAGCGUGUCCAGCAGCCCGGAGCCCGGGAUGCCCGUCAUCCAGAGCACUUAUGGCAUCAAAGGUGAGGAGCCUCAUAUCAAGGAAGAGAUGCAGACCGACGACGUCAAUGGAGAAAUCUACGAUGAGUACGAUGAGGAAGAGGAUGACCCCGAUGCGGACUAUGGCAGUGACAGUGAAAAUCACAUUGCGGGGCAAGCCAACUGAUCAGGGUCCAAAUAUCUCGUGACCUACAGGACUUCAAGGAGAAAAGAAAAAAUAAAUAAAGCCCCAUCUGGUUUAUCCUUGCCAGUGGCCAAGCACAUUAACUUUCUCAUACACUGACUGUUACUUUAACUGUUAGUCUUAACUAGUUGGGACAUCAGCUGACUAAUAGACAUCAGCCUGCAUCAGAAGAAAAAAGGCUCAGAAGAAAGGAAGCAAAGACAACGACGACAACAACAACAGAAUGAUAUAAGCUAUGGGUAAAAUAAUGCCAGUAAUUCAGCUGCUAUACCCAAGCACUGAAGUCUUACCCGUCAACCUUUUAUUAUUAUUAUUUUUUUUUUCAAAUAAACUUUAUGGCUGUUUGUUCUACAAUGUUCUAGAAAUUCUCACUCAGGUACACAGUGCCAACAAGUGGCUUGUGAAUGUGUUUUGUUGUUUUGUGCUACAGUUUAAAGAGAAAUAAUUUUUUUUUUUUUGGUAAUGCACCUGACAGGAAAGAAAAAAGAUAAAAUUCCUUUUACCCCCCUGUCUCCUCCUCCUCCUCCUCCUCCCUGGCAAAUCUGGGUCAGAAGUGUGUGUGUGUGUGCGUGCGUGCCUGUGCGCGUGGCUGGCAAGGAAGGAAGUGGGGAGUCUGUUUCUGUUAACCCCAACAAGCAAUUAUUUCCUUUCAAGAGAGGACUUCUCUUCAUCAGUUGCACACCAUACUGAGUCUUUGAGCAAGUGCCAAAUUUGUACUAAUGCGCUGAACUAGUCCAAUUUGCUUUUUUUUGGUUGGUCUCUUCUUGUUUUGUUUUUCUUUUGCUUUUCUUUUGCUUCCUGCUCUGUCUUAAGUUAGGACAGUGUUGUAUCUUAGACAAUCCCUUGAAGAACCUGAUAUACCAGCAGCUGGUGAGAUUAGACAUAUAUUUUUGGUUUUGCUUUUGCUUUUUAAAGGAAACUGUAGGUGCCGUUCUCAGGUGAAAAAAGAGAGAGAGAGAGAGAGAGAGACAUAAGAAAUUUAGAGAAAAAAUAUUUUAUGGUCUUGGAUUUUCAUGUGUGCGUGUUUAUGGUACUAAUAAGAAUAAUAUUGGACUAUUGCGAGCAAAAAGCAUGUUCCAGAAUGAAGUCCCACACCCUCCAAAUGACUUGGUCUGUAAGGAGCCUUUGCUUUUAAUUUACACUUCAAGUGGCAGCGUAUACAACAUAAAAAAGGCUUGUCCAAAAUGUGAUUUGUUCUGCACAGGACAGGGCAACUGGAAGUGUUACCUCCUCGCUGACCGUAAUUAGGUUACCAUGAUGUCCAGUUUGGAUGAACUCGUACCUUCAGGGUGGCUGAGUACUGAUCUCUGAUUCAAAAGGUGAUUUUUUUUAAACUGACUUUUUUUUUCUCCUUCGCACUUGCAGAAAUCCUUUUUUAUCAGUGAGAUGUUUGUGUAGGAAGGAAGACUAAUAGCUAUGAAGAGAUUUCCAUAUUCAAAGUGGGCAUGUAAGAACCCAAACCUUUGCGGUGCCGAGUUUCCCUAGCUGCUGCCUCUUACAAGUGACAAAUUGUUCUCCUGGGCUAAAAUAUUUUCGGCGUUCUAGAGCCCUUAGAUAUGUUGCUUGGGCAGUUUUGCCUUCCUUGGGCAACAGCAGCCAGGUGAGGAGGGUGGAUUUACACAAGCGUUAGCCUCUUGUAUUUCCAGUAAGGUAACUGAAUGUUACACUUUAUUUCAGAAAAAAAGAGUGUAAAUACAAGUGGAUCAGAGAGUCUUUUUUCAUCUCCUCGCUCUGAUCUUCCUGUAGAAGGAGAGGACCCAGGUUCGUGUAGCAAGACAGAAGCAUCAGUUCUAAACCAGCCAACCAACCAAAAAGGCUACCUGUAAUUUCAAACAGCGGCUGCCCAGGAGCUCCUCUCUGGCCAGGGAAGGAAAGUCUUCGGAUCGUACUGAGGCAAAAGCCUUCCUCUGAGUCGGUUUUCUAACUGAGGAUGCCAGCUUUAUAUUCAUGUCGCUCCCUGGUAAAUUCCUACUCCUAGAUAGAGAGACUCAUUGCUAUCAUUAUCACUUUUAACUUGGAAGAACAGCCCCGUGCAUCUUAAUGCCUGUGAGAUCCCAGCGCAAGCAUUCACCAGAACCAUGGUCUUCAGUACUCGGCAACAUUGAUUUUGCAGUGGUCCCUUAAUCAGGCAAAUUUAGCCCUUGGUGCAAUCAGCCAUUUAAGUCCAGGAGUGGGAUGAAAGGGGCAGGGAGGAGGAGAGACUGGGAGGAGGAUGGGGGGGGUCUGUCUUUGCCUCUUGAAAUCCCACUUGAAGUGUAACUUGACCUCUGCAGACCUUGUGCAAAGCAAACAAGCAAAUGCCAUUGAAGACUUAGGACAAUACUCCGACGAGUGGUUUGGACGUGCGAUAGUUUUACCCUGCAACAUCUGUUUUAUUUUUCUCCUGUUUUCCCUUUUUUGAUUUCCACCUCUGCCUCAAAAAAUUCUUUUCUAUUUUCUCUCUCUCAGAAGAUUUGCUCUGAAGUUAUGCUUGGAGUAGCUGAUCAUAUCCUCCAUGUCAGAGAGGGUUCUUUUUGUUUGUAUUUUAUGACUGUGUUGGUUUUUUUUUUUUUUUUUCAGUUGAACUGCCUCUUCUUGCUAGUGUUGUAAUGGUAAUUAUAAUAAUAAUAAUAAUGGUCAGCUGUUCCCAGAUUAGUAAAUUAUGUAUAAUUUAUUUUAUCCCCCCCCCACCCCUUUUAACUUUAUUUUAUUCUGUUCUAAUUUGGCAGUGCAGCAAAUGAAGCUGUUAGGCUAUUUAAAAUGGAUACCCCUCCCCACCUUGCCUUUUUAUAUAUAUAUAAAUAUAUAUAUAUACAUAUGAAAACAAAUCGCUUCUUCUUCUGCUCACACCAUUCCUCUUUCUUUUAUUUUAAUUUUGGCCCCAGCCAUGUCAACUUCUGAUGUUUAUUAUGAUGGAGUGAAUUAAUGGGAGUGUUGUUUUCAAUCUUAAUUAACUUCUGCUCUCUCAUCACUCAUUUUAGUUAUUUAAUUACACCAGUCAUCUAGAGCCAAUUUUUUUAAGCACUCUGUUUGGAUAAGAAGGAAAAAAAAAAUAGACAAUUGUUUUUAUAUCAUUAUUAUGUACAAUGUGAAAACAGAUAUUUGUUCUUUUUUUUUUUUAACUUUUAAAUUUGUUCCCUGUCUUUGUGAACAAAUUACUUCUGACUCUUGUGGGUUCACCUCACAUUUGCUGGAUGCUUGAUUUCCACCGCGUUAUAGAGACUCUCUGGUUUAAUUGUGUCACUUCGGGCUACCAGUAUACUUUGUUUUAGCUCCAGGUAGGUGCCACUGCGGCAGGCGUGAUUGGAGCAAGUCUUAGACGUGUGGGCUGGAAAGCCGGCCGCGGGGAGGUCAAUGGGAAAAAGGCCCUUUGGCUUCAGCGGGUCCGAAUUUCAGCCCCGAACUAUGGGCUGCGCUGCAGGCGACGCUCCUGGAGGUAGUAGUAGCCCCGUCUCCGUGGGCAGGGUCGGUCCGGCGCCGGAGGAGCGCCUGUGCCGGGGCUGCAGGACCGAGCUCUGCUCUCGGCAAUGGACGGCGCGACAGAGCCCUUCUCCGGGAGCGCUCUGCCUUGCUCGCUGCCUUGGCCUGGGCUAGGGCUCGGAUGAACGCUGAUUUUGGUACCAUACACAUUUCCCUCUGAGAGACUGCGCUAGAUAGAGCCUGGGGUUCGUUCCGUCAGGCUUUUCGAAUGGGUAGCUUCAGCAGACUAUCCACGUCCUGCAUUUAGAUGUUGAAACAGAUGCAGCAAUGUUAAAAAAGGCAAAAAAAAAAGGAAAAAAAAAAAAAAAAAAGGCUCUGGGGUCCCAAACCGGCAAAAUACUUAACGCCUGUGCUAACGUUUUGUUGGGUCCAAGGAUGAGCACCCGUAUAUCCUUUGGCAGUAGAAGACCAGAUUUGAAAACGAGGCCCUGUUUUUCCCUCUCUAAUUUCUUAGAAAAAAGCAAAACAAAGCAAAACGUAUAUUUAUAAAAAGAUCUUCUUGUCUUGUUUCUUUUUUUUCCUGGGUUCUGUGCCCUGGAGCGUGUAGAAAAACCAGGUUAGAAGAGAUUAGGAUCAUAUUAACCUAAAAGCGCAUCGAAGCCCUAAUGCCGAGGCGGGCUUCGUUCCCUCUUCCCUGGGAACCUGGCAAGUGAGGAAGGUCUUGGGGAUCUGCCGGGGGAGCGUACAGGCCACCUCCUCCUAAACGGGGGGAGCCGCUUACGCCAUGCGUCUCGCAAGCUUACAGAAGAACACCACCAGCAGUGGGGAAAAGGGGAAAAGAAAGACGAAAAAAAACUGAGGCACUUGCUUCUAAGCUCAAUUAAAUAACACAGAGUAUAUCCUUUUUCAAUUUAUUCAUGCCUUAUAUUAGUAAAAUAGGAUUUUUAAGUGCAUUUAACAUCUUUAUUUAACCGUUCCGCUAUAUUAAUCAGGCCCCCAGAAAAGAACACUAGCUAUUAUUAUAGCAUUUAAUUAGUUUUGUAACCAAAUCCUCUUAUUACGAAUGCAUAUGGAAGAAAUUCUUUCUUCGAAGACAUUAUUUCAAAGAUUUGGUUACUGCAGUAGACUCUCUCUUUAAUUAAAUCAUUUUUUAGAAAGUAAAUUGUCUUUAACCUUUUUACAGCACAUUUUCAGAGCUUUUUCUUUUUAAUCCAAAGAGAUGAGCUGUUAUUGUCCCCGAAGAAGCCUCUGACAUCACGUUCGUAACAUCAAAAAUAAUUAUACUCCGUGGAAACGUAGACCUUACUUAGCAAGAAUUCAUCUGCUAGAAUGAAUGGCAACUAUAUGAUAUCUCGUACAUUUUAAGGGCAUGAUGUAUCGGAUAGGAAGUAUUUUUGUCUGCCCACUUCUCUAUAGAAUCAUACUUCAAUUUUGCAAAGAACUGUGUGUAAUUCACUAGAUGUGGAUUCAAGUGUAUCCUCAAUUCACAGGGCAUGGGCUGGCUGUUUAGCUUGGUUUAUAUUUACAUUUUUUCAACUUUUAUCUUAACUUGUCAGUUUCCCAGAUUGAAGAACAUGUCAAGUUCGUUUUUUCUACUGACUGAUUUCUCUACUCCCCAGUGUUUUUGUCACUGGUUUGCUGAAACAGUAUUUAUAUAGCUCCAUUGGCUCUAAAGCUCUUACUCCUUCUAACGUUUUGGAUUUUACAAGUGAAAUGAAAAUAGAAAAGAAAUAGAGACAAUCAAAUGCCUGGAGCUUAAAACAAAGUAUGUGCAACCUACCAUCUCACUUGAAAUUUAAUAAAAGAAAUAAUUAUGUAAAUAUAACAUAGAGUUAUAGAUUUAUAUUUUGUUCAUAACACAUAGUGUAAUAUAAGUUGUAUAUUUUCAUGUUUUGGUUUUAUGUUAUCAUUCAUGCCACAAUAAAUAAAAAAAACCAGGAGUUGAUGUACUCUUUAAAAAAAAUACAAUGUGGGUUGCCACCAUCCUGGGUUUUUGGUUUUGGUUUUUGGUUUUUUUUGUUUCGUUUCUUUUGCAUUCCCCUUUUUCAGUAUUAUUGCCCUGCAAGGCACCAAUAAAACAGCAAAUGUGUUCUUUACCUA